AUGAAACUCCAUCCGAAACGCUUCAAGGGCGUUAACUGCGCCGCACCGACAUCCUCCAUCCCCAAUGAGGUCGCCGUCGUCGUCCCCCCAACGAUCGCGAGACCACCCCAGUGCGUGGUUGGCACGAGUGCAAGAGCGCCACCCCAGUAUCACACACGCCCAGUUACUGCGGCAGUUGAGAGGCUCAUACCACGGCAGCCAAGUCCCGUGGGAUCAGUUAGCCCUAGCAUUGGCGUACAUUGAGCCCCAGUCCCAACUACACGAUCCCCUCGAUGCGUCCAUGAAGGCCUUUUGGAUGCGAUUCAUGGAAGACGACGACCAUGUCAACGUCGACGCCGCCCUGACCUCCAUUUGGCCCAAAGGCAGCGGCGCGACGAUGACAAAGACGCGACCUCCCCCUUUGCACACCACGAGGGACUCGGAACCAACGAGCCACAAUGCCGACGACGGAGAACGGUCACGCCAUGAUAUCGUGCAUGCGCUGGGGGCUUAUGGCGUCGCUGCCUUGGAGGACUCGCUUCGACACACGGCUCGCAUCCGCAUCCCAGACCUGUUUGAUCGGGUGGUGGACAGUGCUCCACACUGGGACAUGGGGGCCGAAGCGUUUUACGAGUUUUGCCAGCCAUUCUGCGACCCAACCGCGCCAGACAUGGUGCGCACCCGGCAGUUCCUCGUGGCCAUGCAACUGCCAUGGGGGGCGUUGGAUCCGGCGGUUCAGAGACUUCGCGACGCCUUGCAGCACCUUUCUGCGGACGAAUUGGAAACCCAAUGCGCCAUGUUUGACAUGGAAGACGACGGGUGGAUUCUCCUCAGCGAAUGCGUGUCGGUGCUGCACGCGUUGCCGAACGUGGCGCUGACGCAGCUCGAGAUUGAAGCAGGCGUGCGCCAAUUGUCGCAGCCCGACCUUCGCGUGGCAUACAAGGACGUGUGUGCUGUGUUGGGAAGUGCUUCUACCGAGGGAACAUCCCAUAGCUACGACAGUCGAUGGCAAACCCUGCGGCAUCAGCUGUGCCACGACGACGCGGCCAAGGGCCAAGUGGUUUUUCACCAACUGGAGCGCAUAUUUAGCAAACUGUCGACCCAUCCAAGUCGGUGUUUGGUCACGGCGUCGGACCUGCAGAGAGUUCUGGGCACGUUGCUCACGCCCUCGGACCUUCAAUGGAUCCACCGUGUGCUUGCGAAAUCGGAUGGCCACGUGGACGGUCACGAUCUGUUGACGCGGCUGUUUCCUGCAUCGUUCCUUGCAUCUUCGACAGGAACGUUCCUAGAACGUUCGCAGCACGCCCCGGUCUAUCCGUUCCGAUCGUCGACCCCCCGCUGUCGCCUUGAAUCGACGCCCUACGACGGCACGUACACUGCCGCAAAGCGCGCGCACUCGACAUCGCCCAGUCGAUCACAUCCAUCCAAAUUAAUCAGCCCCCAUGUGACGCGUUCCACGAAACUCCAACCGCAUCGACACCCAAGUCCCCACAGUCCUUCCAAAACCACCCCACAAGACGAUGCCGUGUUGCAGCAACUUCGAGAAAUCAUUCAAUACCGACAAAUCGAUUUGUUGACGUUGAGUGACGUGAGCGACGCCGCGGGCCUCGUGCCUCUUGACAAUGCGACAGCGGUGUUGUGGAGGGAGCUCGAAGCGCUUGAAUUGAUCACGUUUGUGCAACUGCAGAGGGCGCUUCGACGUUUUGCCACGGGCAAACACAACCGGUUGAACCUCAAGAGUAUAUUGGACGGUCUCUUUGAUUGGUCGCGACUGCGCAACGUCACGACGCAUUCGAUAGAGGACAUGGCCGAGACGUUCGCGCGAUUUACUACCUCCCGCCGGGGGUACCUGCGGUGGCACCCCGACUUUCAACGGGCACUCGGGGAGAUGUUUCCCGUGGACUGGAUGCCGUGGGAGCACCAAGUGAUGUGCCACCGCUUCGGAGUGACCAUGCACCAUGAAAUGUGGAUCGACGUCGGCGCGUUCGUCCGGCACUUGGCGGGGGUGCCGCAGGACCUAUGGCCUCUGGUCGUGGCACACUGCGACUUUCAAGAGAUGGACCCGACCCACAAGGGGUACGUCGACCGAGCCGACCUCAAGCGGUUCCUCCAACGGGUGCUGCAGCGGACCCCCACGCCCCAUCAAGUGGGCCAAGUGUGGCAAGUGUUUUUGCAGGGCGACCCCACCGCCACCGUACGACGAUUUUGAUUACUAGGUGAAAGUCAUCUACCAACUACUCGUCUUGGGUAGGUGAUCAAGAAGCAGCAUGUCACGGCGGCACUCAAGCGCGGCCUCCUGCGCCCACCACCACCAGCUGCACGAGUGUGACUGUACUAAUGCAUUGGGUUGUGCAUACACUAGUACUACUAUAUACUACUUACAAGCCU